AUGUUCCUGAAAGUUGGAUCUCCUCUCGAGUUGACACCCACGGUGCUGCAGGUUCUCAGUAAAAACGGAGUCAAAACGGCUGAGCAGCUUCUGAGGAGGGACCCGCAUUCCCUGCCGCUAGACACCUCGUUGGUGCUCAAUCUCCAGCGGAAAAUCUACUCCAAAAUCGUGCUCGAGCCUCAAACUUUGUCGCAGCUCUACCAGCGAGCUGUGGACAAUCAAGCCAUCAUUUCGACAGGGGAUCGGAAUGUUGAUGAACUCCUCGGCGGUGGAUUCUUCACUGGAGAACAUGUCGACAUCUGCGGUGAUCCUGACGUACGGUCGAAAUUCUGUCUUCGGAGCAUGAGUGAGCUCGUCAGAGAAGAUCCAGGUGCUUCCGUCGUGUACGUCGACAGCGGCUCGAACUUCCAUCCGGAGGAGAUGGUUGAAGUUUUUAAAAGCGAUCUAGAGCACCUGAAUCGAGUGCAAGUUGUGUUCCCGAGUGGCAUUUCCGAGUUAUUGACGUUCCUCGAUCAGACCCAUCUCGGUCGACUCAGACCGAGAAUGAUUGUGAUAAAUGCCUUCGUGGAUAUUGUUAAACCCUUCAUGAUCAAUAACGACCCCAUAGCAGCGCUAGGACUGCUGAACCAUGUGGCUGCGACGAUCCGCAGUUUGGCUGUACAUUUGAAACUGUCUCUCUUGACGACCAACGACUUUAUCAAUGACGAGCCCGCUUUGGGUAAGAUGUGGUUAGGCUCGCCGCAUAUGCGAAUAGCGGUUAAGGGUCUCGGAGACGUCGUAGUCCUGAAAAGUACACGUAAAACGUUGGCAGGAGGGACGGGUGAAGCCGGGUGCUCUUGA